GAGAACCUUCCUGCGGCUGCGUUCGGACCUCGCUGCUCCAGCCUCCAGGACACGUCCCAUCCUUCCAGCCUGAGACUAGCAGUAUAGAAAAAAAAAUUCCAUAUCAUUUCUUGCCCCGUACACACCUUGAGGCGAGCAAAAAAAUUAAAAUAAAUUUUAAGAAUGAGGGAAAUCGUGCACAUCCAGGCCAGUCAGUGUGGCAACCAGAUCGGUGCCAAGUUCUGGGAGGUAAUCAGUGAUGAACAUGGCAUCGACCCCACUGGAACCUACCAUGGUGAUAGCGACCUGCAGCUGGAUCGCAUCUGCGUGUACUACAAUGAAGCUACAGGUGGCAAAUAUGUUCCUCGUGCUAUCUUGGUGGAUCUAGAACCCGUGACCAUGGACUCUGUUCGCUCAGGUCCUUUUGGGCAGAUAUUCAGACCAGACAACUUUGUUUUUGGUCAGUCUGGGGCAGGCAACAACUGGGCCAAAGGCCACUACACAGAGGGGGCUGAGCUGGUUGACUCAGUCCUGGAUGUGGUGAGGAAGGAGGCAGAGAGCUGUGACUGCCUACAGGGCUUCCAGCUGACCCGCUCACUGGGUGGGGGCACAGGCUCUGGAAUGGGCACCUUGCUCAUCAGCAAGAUCCGAGAAGAGUAUCCUGACCGCAUCAUGAACACCUUCAGUGUGGUACCCUCACCCAAAGUGUCUGACACUGUGGUCGAGCCCUACAAUGCCACCCUCUCCGUCCAUCAGUUGGUAGAGAACACAGAUGAGACCUACUGCAUUGACAACGAGGCUCUUUAUGACAUCUGCUUCCGCACUCUCAAGCUGACCACACCAACCUACGGAGACCUGAACCACCUCGUCUCAGCCACCAUGAGUGGUGUCACCACCUGCCUCCGCUUCCCUGGUCAGCUCAAUGCUGACCUCCGGAAGCUAGCCAUCAACAUGGUGCCCUUCCCACGGCUCCACUUCUUCAUGCCUGGCUUUGCACCUCUGACCAGCCGUGGAAGCCAGCAGUAUCGGGCCCUCACUGUGCCUGAACUCACCCAGCAGGUCUUUGAUGCCAAGAACAUGAUGGCUGCCUGUGACCCCCGCCAUGGCCGUUACCUCACUGUGGCUGCUGUCUUCCGUGGGCGUAUGUCCAUGAAGGAGGUAGAUGAGCAGAUGCUCAACGUGCAGAACAAGAAUAGCAGCUACUUCGUGGAGUGGAUCCCCAACAAUGUCAAGACAGCAGUCUGCGAUAUCCCACCUCGUGGCCUCAAGAUGGCAGUCACCUUCAUUGGAAAUAGUACAGCCAUCCAGGAGCUCUUCAAGCGCAUCUCAGAGCAGUUCACGGCCAUGUUCCGGCGCAAGGCCUUCCUCCACUGGUACACAGGUGAGGGCAUGGACGAGAUGGAAUUCACUGAAGCUGAGAGCAACAUGAAUGACCUUGUCUCCGAGUAUCAGCAGUACCAGGAUGCCACCGUAGAAGAAGAGGAGGAUUUCGGUGAGGAGGCUGAAGAGGAGGCCUAAGACAGAGCACCAUCACCUCAGGCUUCUCCAUUCCCUCAGCCUUCUUCCUCAGCUGCCCCUGUCCUCUCCCUCAGAAUUACAUUUUCUGCCUCUGUCUCUUUUUUUUUUCUUUUUUGGAGGGGGAUGGUCCUAGAACACAGUGCCUGGCACAUAAUAGGCGCUCAAUAAAUACUUGUUGUUUGUUGAAUGUCUCCUCUCUUCCACUCUGGGAAACCUAGAUUUCUGCCAUUCUCAGUAACCCUGUAUUUCCUUUCGGUGUCCCCUUCUCCCAUCUGUCCAGUUGGUAUUUCCCUUUGUUUUAUAAGAUAAUUCUCCAAGAAGCUGGGUCUCAUCAGAUCCCAUCUAAAACCAAGUGCUUAAAAUCCAGUAGAUGGCCACCAUCCUAAGCCCAUGUGGUAGCCCCGGGGAAAGGAAACAAAGCUACCUCAUAGCAGUAGAGGUACCUAUAAGGAAGGGGUAGGGUUUUCGAUUCUAGAGCAGUUUUGGAGAGGGAUAUCCAGGCUCUUGAGUCCUAAUUUCCAGGAAUUUCCCUGCUCCUCUCAGCUUCAGGAGAGGUGUUGACAGUAUUAUCUCUUUUUCCGUCUUCCAAGCUGUGUCCUGAGCUGUUUCUUUUGCAGGGGUCUGCCCUACCCUGUUAAAGCAGGAUCCUUCCCUUUUCCUACAUAACCACCUUCAUAUGUUGGAUUCCUUCCUUUUCCCCUGGUUGGAGAAGGGGGCCAAGAAGGGGAAGAGGGACUAGCCUCCAGAAAGACCCUCCCCAUCCCCACCC